UGGCCGACCGCCGGUGACACCAAUGGUGACGCCGUUGCUGGAACAGCUGAGCAGGCUGCUGCCCUCUCUGAUAUCGCUGACAAGGUAGGUGAUCACGUCCUCUACUUCAACGCUCACAAUGAUGGGUGGAAGGAUCCAGGAUACCUUAGCUGUGAGCAAUAUUGGGGUAUUUUCUCUUCGUAA